GGCUCUUUAAGAAGCCCCCGUGCCGGUGGCUGUCGCCGGCUGCCAAGUGCGGAGAAGCCGAGCUUUGCGGCGAGGCCCGAGCGUAACCAGCCGGCUGGGGGAGAUGCCGCCCCGCAGUGACUGACAGCAGGACCAGCUCUAUGCAAAUGGCGCCGGGGGCUCUGCCGGGGCUCUCUCCACACGCGCCGCCGCCUCCCGCUCCCCGCAACGCGCCCUGCCUCGCACAAAGCAAUUGUUGCUUUUCUGGGGGGGACGUCGUUACACGUAAAAUCAUCUCCAGCACGGUUUCAGUUUGAGAUUGUGUGAGGGAGCUGGGAGAUGUGUCAGAGCUUGUUACUCCAGCUAAAUUAGGUAAUUUUUAGCUGGGUAAUGUGCUAAUCUUUAAACCUUUAUGUUUUUAAAUCCUGCAUAUGUCUGGUCUCUUCAUACAAAAGUGUAUUUUGCUUGUUUCUUCUCGCCUUCUUCAGUCUGAAGCCUUAUGUAGGUCAGGCUUGGCUUAAGCAGAUUUCCUGAACCUGCGUCAGCUUAAGCUGAAGGAAUUUUAAUAAACCCUCCCUUGUAGGCGUGGGCCUAAAUGAGACUAGCCUAGUUAAGCCUGAUCUUUUUCUGUUUGUGAAAAAGAGCUGAGCAGAGCUAGGGACUGCAUGGUGGCUCCAGGAACGGCUUCCUUAAUUCAAAGAUAACAAUGGUUGGGAAGGCCAGAUCUUCUAAUUUUACCUUAUCUGAAAAGCUCGAUUUGCUAAAACUCGUGAAGCCAUAUGUUAAAAUUCUCGAGGAACAUACCAAUAAGCAUUCUGUAAUAGUGGAAAAAAACAGAUGCUGGGAUAUUAUAGCUGAUAACUACAAUGCCAUCGGAGUAGAUCGCCCUCCUCGUACUGCACAGGGCCUGCGCACGCUGUACAAGAGGCUCAAAGAAUAUGCCAAACAGGAGCUAUUGCAGCAAAAGGAGACUCACUCAGAUUGUAAAAGCAGCAUUUCCGAGCCAACCAAGAAAGUUGUGGAAAUGAUUCCACAGAUUUCCAAUGUGUGUUUAAGAGACAGGAGCGGUGUUCAAAGUGCUAGUAUCGAUAAAGAAACAAUUGCUGGCACCAGUUCACCACAGGCAAUGUUGGAUCACCAUCCUGCGACAGUCAUGAUGGACUUGCAGUCGGAAGAGGAUGUCAAACCUCCUCCUUCUCUGAUUAUAGACUCACAGCAGAAUGAGAACUUAGAACAAGAGGAAGAACACCAGCUGGUGCAUAUUAUGGAAAGGUCUCCUUCAACAUCAGUGUCUUCAGUUGAUAUGAGAGUGAUGAUGUCUCCUUCCCCUGUACCAAGAAGAGAUGAGUUUUUUAGGCUUGAGGUUGGAGAACGCUUUAGACCAGUGUGUGGUUAUGACCCCCAGAUGUUACAAAUGCUGAAAGAGGAGCAUCAAAUAAUAUUAGAAAACCAAAGAAAAAUUGGUCUUUAUGUCCAAGAAAAAAGGGAUGGUUUGAAAAGAAAGCAGCAACUGGAAGAGGAACUGUUGCGAACAAAAAUCAAAGUAGAGAAGCUGAAGGCAAUACGACUACGCCGUGAUCUGCCAGAAUUCAGCAAUAUCUAAAUAUUGCUAAAUCUAAAUAUUUUAUUACUUCUGUCAUAUUCUUUGAAAUAAUAAUAAAUGCAAAAUUGUUUUUUAUGUUAAUAUGGAUGGAUCAAAAUCUGGGCUUGAGACAUGACAGCAUAUGUUGUUUAAGUACUUUAGAAAAAUACCUUGUAUGGGUUUGAAUGCACCAACUCUUCUAACUUUAAAAUUGUGAUGAGCUAAUGGAAAUUUAAUUCAGUUCUUGUUAAAAAUUUUGGUCAUAGGCGUUAUUUUUUCAAAUAAUCACCUUUAAUAUCUUAAUGAAGUUGCAGGUAAAUAAAUGCAUAUAAGAAGGAGAAGUAAGAGGCCAUGUUUAAAUGUUUUAUUCUUUUCAAGUUGGUAAAUUUUAUGACAGUAGUGACAUUUUGCUGAUAUAUCAGCUUGGAAAACAGAAUUACUGGAUUGUUAUAUUUUUUUAAUGUUCAGUAGACAGUUGAAUAAAUGUACAUCUUUUUAAAAGUUAAUACUUUUUAAUUGUUUCCAAUGGAGACGUAUUUCCACAGGAUGUUAUUAAAAUAGAGACAAUGAAUGCAACACUUGGUUUUUAAAACUGCAUGCAUGUGUAAUUUGUGUGUACAGUUACCAUGAUUGUGUAUUCAGUUAUAGUAAUUAUACUGGUGAUCAACCACCUAAAUAUCUACUCUGCUCAUUUGCAUGCAUAAUUACUGCAGUGCAUGUGCAACCAAGACAGUUGCAGGUGCCUUUGAUCAAUAUCAUUAUGACUAUAAGCUACUGAAAUAAAAUAGUUUAUGUAUGUAAGUAACAUGUGACUUGAAAUCAACACAAGAUUGUGUUAUUCUGGGUCCAUUUCAUAGAUCCUGUUGCUCCAAUCUUUCAAUUAGUUUCAAAUAAAAAGCCCCAGAUGAAAAGAAAA